CAACUUCACAAUUACUACUGCUAAUUCCAUCAGUUCUCAAAAUGUCAAAAAAUAAUUGUAUUUUAUUAUUUUUGACUGUAGAUCCGCAAUAGACGUUUUAAUAUUUUAGCGUUUAAGGAAGGUAGCGUGUAUAUAAACUUUGAACCGUAGAGUAAGUUGUAUUUACAAUUAAAAUAUGGACGACGAGAAGAUGAAGACACGAGGUUACUACUCUGAGAUCGUAACCGGGACACCGGAGCAUCCGGUGAGGCCGGAAGUGGUUCUUCUAGGGACAGCACCAAGGCGAACGAAGCUCGCCUGGCAGGUUUCCACCGAGCAUCACAGCGCGCGUGUCAGACAAUUACAAGACCAAAGAACGUACAAUUUCCUCGGCGAGGCUAAAAGAUGGAUAAGUUUCGGCGAGGAUCGAUCAAUCUCGUUUCCAGCAGAAACAUUUUUACCAAAAGUACAAAUGGAAUGGAACGUGGAGCCAAAGAGUAUACCGCGGAACGUCGAGAUGGAAAGGAGACGACGGAUCUAUCAAAAUCUGAAGAUUGAGGACGCCCUCGAGGCAGAGGGUGUCUCGCCGAAGGAAAUUCUACCCGUCUCAGCCAUAUUACCUCUUUUCUCACGCGAUGAAAUACACGGUUUGUUUAGUACCAUACAAUUUUUGCCUCUGGACAUCUUUGACGACGAGGAAUAUGAUUGCAGAACGACAGACGAUUGGUUGAAUCUGGGCACGAUGGACGGGACGCGUUAUCCGCUGCCAGCUACUGUGUUCGUGCCAAGAUUUCGUGCCCAGGACGAGAUGUUCGUCCUCGAGGAUGAAGAGCUGAACAAUUUGUUCAUUUGGACUAACGCUGCCGUCACUGACUAUGACCCGAGCAAGCGCUUAUGGAGCGUGCUCACGCUCGAUGGCUUGCAAAGGGAAUUUAAGAUACCGAGGAUUUACAUUAGGUUCUACGCCGAGGAUCCCAAGAUCUUUGCCAAAAGAAUGGCGGCUGCUAUUGAACAGAGACGAAUCGCUCAGGCUGCUAUUAAGUACAAUUUUUAUCUGGAUUGUAUGCAAAUGGACGGCAUGAAGAGUUUGAACGAAGAGGAGAAGGAGACUAUUAUACGUUUAACUAUGAGCAAGCCUAAACUUAGAUACACACGAAUGUUGAUAGUAAGUAAUAGUACAUUAUGCAACAAGGGAGACUUCGUACUGCUCUGCAAAACGAAGCGGUACACGAACUGGAUUACCCUGUACGUGCAAAUGGAAGUGCACGAUGCGAUGGCCUGCAUCGUAGCCGAAUGCAUGCAAGUAUCGUCAAUGAACCUGUUCGCAACUUCGCAUGGGAAACAAAUACAAUUAUCAGAAUUUGAAGAUCUGCAGACACAGGCGACCACUGCGGUGAUCAAAUACCUGAAAGAGCCGUGGCUGGAAAAGAUCACGCAAUCGGUACGCAUGUGUUUGAGAGACCUCGGCAAGGGUUGGUUCAAUCUGCAGCAAAAGGAUCACGGCGUCUACGAAGUGAUGAAGCUGAAGCGUUUCAUGAGUCUUACUACUCUUCGCAUGCAGUACGCGUUGCGAGUACUCGUGCAGAACUCUAUCAAAUUAUAUCAAGAAAUUCUAGAAGCUCCCGCGUUGUGCGUUCUCCACGUCUUAGACACGUUUACGUGGGGCGAGAAUCUCGUGGACAGCCCAUUCACCUCGGAAAAUCCUAUCUUCCUCAUCGACCUUCAGAUGAGCCUCGAAGCACCGUUCUAUACCACGGAUCCUGACAAGUUUGCGGAAGUUAUCAUCGAGCUUUACGACAACGCGCUCGUGCUAUGCCAUCAAAUCAGACAAGUGCAUCCGUUCCUACUCCCGGAAUUGAAAUUCCCCUCUGAUGUAUUCUUAAGCUCCGUCGGAUUGCUCGAGUAUCAAGUGUGCAUUAUUCGCAAUCGGUUGAGAAUAGCUUAUGAGAAAUCGACGAUACCGUUAAAAGCUUAUGCGCAGGAAUACAGUCGGUAUCAGACGUUCUUCAAUUUAAACGUCACGGAAUACAUUGAGCACUAUAAGCAGGAUGAGAACCUGACCACGGCGGAGAUUAAGGAGGAGAUUUCAUUGCAGAUCAGGAUGAGGGAAAACUUGGGGGUCACCUUGCCGAACUCCAUUACCAUCGGUUCGUUCGUGGUGAACGUUCGACCAUUGAAAGAAUUCCUGAUGGAAAAACGACACGAGUGUUACACUGGCCUAUUGGUCAUGCUCACGGAGAGGAUACGUGCGGAAGUAGAUAAUAUCCUCGACGAGUACACACAGAUCAGAGUCAAACUGAAAGAGGUGCCACAGAGCAUCGAGCACAUAUUCGAGAUACGGGAUUGGAUGGAAACAAUACCAUUACGCGUUCAGAAUCUCGACGAACAGGUGGACACGCUGAAAUUCGAUUUUGACGUUCUCGAUGCUUUUCUCUGGAAUAUAUCCGACGAAGAUUUUCAGGCCAAGUGGGAAGCGAUCGGUUCACCACUUUUAAUUGAAAACGAGGUUCAGUGUAUAGUCCAGGAGACAAAUGAACGGUUCGUGGAGGAGCAGGAGAAGUUCCAUAAGAUUCAGCUGCAAGACGAGGUCUUGUUAGAGGAGCGAAUAGAUACUUUGGUGAGCAAUGUGGCAAACAUAGCUCUUCAGACAGACAUUAACCGCAUACACGAGACUGCGCUGGACGUAAAGCGAGUCUGGAAGGCUAUGACCGAUGCAAGGGAAAUGGGUCUACUAUUGAACGAGCGUCAAAAGCUCUUUGGUAUGAAGGUGGUGCCUUUCGAGCACCUGUACAAAUUGAUGAGGGAGUUCGAACCCUAUAGAAGCCUUUGGGUCACUUCCUCAGAUUGGCUCAAGUGGCAUGAGAUUUGGAUGGACAAUCCUUUAAUGAACGUCGAUGGUACUCAGAUCGAAACGCUUGUUAUCGAUAUGCAUCGGAUAAUGACUCGUGCGACGAGAACGUUUCAAGAGUUUCCAAAGAUUCAGGCCAUUGCGAUAGCAAUAAGAGAUCAGAUAAAUGAUUUCAAACCGUACAUCGCCCUUAUACAAGCUCUAAGAAAUCCGGGAAUGAAGGAUCGUCACUUCGACCAGUUGAGCGCUCAAACCGGUAUACAGAUGACUCUCACGCCAGCCGUGACGUUCAGAGCGCUUCUAAUGCUCGGCAUCCAAGAGUUCGAAGAAUUGGUCAAAACUGUGGCUGAUACUGCCGCUAAGGAAUACGCCACUGAGAGGACGUUGAACAAAAUGAUUGAAGAGUGGGAAACAAUCGUCAUGGAACUACUGCCGUACAAAGCCACUGGAACUUAUAUAAUAAAGGUGACGGAAGAAACGAUGAUGCUUCUCGAGAACCACAUACUUGGCGUUCAACAGCUCGCGUUUAGUCCACUGAAAACCGCUUUCGAGGAUGAGAUCAACGAGUGGGAGCGGAAACUCAAAUUAACUGAGGAAGUGUUAAACUUGUGGAUCGAAGUGCAAAGAGAUUGGAUGUACCUGGAACCGAUAUUUACCUCGGAGGAUAUUAACGUGCAGUUGCCGAUGGAAACUAGGAAGUACAAUGCCAUGGAACGAAAUUGGAGGCGAAUCAUGAAGAAUGCUUAUGAAAAUCCUUACAUAAUCAAAAUUUGCCCGGAUCAAAACCUGCUUGAAAGUCUUCAGGAGUGCCAGAGCCUACUCGAAGUGGUGCAAAAGGGUUUGGCGAAUUACUUGGAGAUGAAGCGGAAGAUCUUCCCACGCUUCUAUUUCCUCAGCGACGAUGAGCUGCUAGAGAUCCUCGCCCAGGCGAAAAACGUGCAGGCGGUGCAACCGCACCUACGCAAAUGCUUCGAGAACAUACAACUGGUGAGGUUCGAGGAUGAUCUGCAGAUCACGCGCAUGUACUCGGCCGAGGGCGAGGAGAUAAUGCUCAACCCGCCAAUGUACCCGGAAAAAAGCGUCGAAUAUUGGUUGGGCGACCUGGAGACUGUCAUGCGGAACACGAUUAGGCUAAUCAUCCGCGAAGCGCUGAUGCUCGUUCACACGCUCCCGAGGAAGACGUGGGUCUACAUGUGGGCUGGCCAAGUAACUCUCUGCUGCGGUCAAGCCUACUGGACUGCGCAAGUCGAGAAUGGGAUACAGAAGAAGAAUCUCAAGAUUUACUAUAAGGAAUUGCUUGGGCAGUUGGACGAUCUGCGGGAGUUGGUACGAGGUCCACAAACGGAAAUACAGAGGCUGAUGCUAGAAGCGGUGAUCGUAAUUGAAGUGCACGCACGCGAUGUUACGUACAAGCUCAUAGAAGAGAAGGUGUCGAACGUGAACGACUUCGACUGGAUCUCGCAGCUGCGUUAUUACUGGGUGGACGAUAGCGAGUUGAAAGUGCGAGCAGUGAAUGCCGAAUUUCCAUACGGCUACGAGUAUUUGGGAAAUACUGGAAGACUAGUAAUUACGCCGUUAACCGAUCGGUGUUAUCUGACACUGACUGGCGCUCUGCACUUAAAAUUCGGUGGUGCACCAGCGGGUCCUGCAGGAACUGGCAAAACGGAAACCACUAAAGACCUUGCUAAAGCGUUUGCCAUACAAUGUGUUGUGUUCAAUUGUUCCGAUCAAUUAGACUUCAUGUCGAUGGGAAAAUUCUUCAAAGGCCUCGCCAGCGCGGGCGCAUGGGCCUGUUUCGACGAAUUUAACCGAAUAGACAUUGAAGUGUUGUCUGUGAUUGCGCAGCAAAUAACAACGAUUCAGCAGGCACAACAGAUGCGCGUUGACAAAUUCGUGUUCGAGGGAGAUGAAAUCGUUUUGAAACCAGCUUGCUCCGUAUUCAUUACCAUGAAUCCUGGUUACGCAGGUCGCACAGAAUUACCUGACAAUCUGAAAGCUUUAUUCCGUCCAGUCGCCAUGAUGGUACCGGACUACGCAUUGAUCGCCGAAAUAUCGCUAUUCUCGUAUGGUUUCAGCGAAGCAAAAACCCUUGCGGGCAAAAUAACGACCACGUUCAAGCUGAGUUCGGAACAAUUGAGCACACAGGAUCAUUAUGACUUUGGAAUGCGAGCGGUAAAGACUGUGAUCGCGGUGGCUGGAAACUUAAAAAGGGAAAACAAAGACUUGAACGAACAACAAAUAUGCUUACGCGCUCUCAGAGACGUGAACGUACCAAAAUUUCUGAAAGAUGAUCUCACGCUUUUUAAUGGUAUCGUGUCUGACUUAUUUCCACGGUUGGAAGAAAAGCAGGUCGAUUAUGGGAUUCUGGAGGCGGAAAUUCGUGCAUCCAUUAGUAGGAUGCACUUGGAGGGAGUUAACGCGUUUGUGAAGAAAGUUAUCCAACUGUAUGAGACGACGGUAGUCCGGCACGGAUUAAUGCUCGUCGGGCCAACUGGGUCGGGGAAGACGAAGUGCUAUGAAGUCCUCAAAGAAGCUUGCACGAAAUUGAGAGGGCAGCUGCAGCCGAGCGGUAAACCAUUCACACCGGUACUGACGUUCGUUUUAAACCCGAAAUCAAUUACAAUGGGUCAACUGUACGGCGAGUACGAUUUGAACACGCGCGAAUGGACCGACGGUAUUUUCUCUACGCUUUUGAGAGUCGGGAUAGCGGCAAGUGAUACCAACAAAAGAUGGUAUAUAUUCGACGGCCCGGUAGAUGCAUUGUGGAUCGAGAACAUGAACACCGUGUUGGACGAUAACAAGAAACUUUGCUUGACCUCAGGUGAGAUAAUGAAGAUUCUACCCACGAUGACAAUGAUGUUCGAAGUGGCCGAUCUGAGGGUCGCUUCGCCAGCUACUGUUUCAAGAUGUGGCAUGGUGUAUCUGGAACCGGAAGCAAUGGGGCUUCAGCCACUCAUCAAUUGCUGGUUAAAACGAUUACCGAAAAAUAUGAAUAAUUACGUGGAGGAGAUAUCAAGAUUGACAAAUCUGUUUUUAUUGCCGGGAUUAAAGAUUCUACGAACCAAUUUAAGGGAGAUCGUGGGUACAGUCGAUUGCGGUAUGGUACAUUCCUACAUAAAUCUGAUGAAUUUCCGGAUCGGCCCGAUGGCUGGCCGGGAUGGAAAACCACCGCCUGCUGUUGCAUUUCAACAACUGAUUCCUGACUUAUUGUCGCCGUGGGCUGCGUUCGCCGCCGUUUGGAGUUUAGGCGCGAGCUGUGAUUACAAAGGCCGCCGUUUUUUCAGUGAGUGGAUUAAAAAGGUACAGAAAGACAACGAGCUCGAUAUACCGUUCCCAGAAGAGGGUUUCGUAUUCGAUUACAGAUUGCACGAUGGUGGAUUCACCGACGCGAUUGACGGCAACGAGCCCGUUCCACCAAGAUGGUACAAAUGGCUAGAUGACGUUGCACCGGUUACUAUCACAGCGGACACGAAAUUCGCAGAUAUUGAAGUGCCAACAAUGGACAGCGUGAGAUGCGCGGCGUUGAUCGGAUAUCUGUUAGUCAAUCGAUCGAAUCCAUUGUGCGUCGGACCAACUGGUAGUGGGAAAACGUUAACAGUGAGCGCGAAACUACAAAGGAACAUGCCAAAGAAGUUCAUCUGCGAUUUCAUUACUUUUUCCGCUAGGACCACCGCUAAUCAAACUCAAGAUUUAGUCGAUGAGAAAUUGUCUAAAAGGGGACGGGACGUGUUCGGUCCACCGUUAUUACGACAACAAGUAUUUUUCGUUGACGAUUUAAACAUGCCCACCUUGGAUACGUACGGCACCCAACCCCCCAUUGAAUUGAUCCGGCAGUUCAUGGGUUUUAAAGGUUGGUACGACCGAAAGGAGAUCGGUUCGUUUAGACAUAUCGAAGAUGUGAACUUCGUGGGGGCCAUGGGACCGCCCGGCGGCGGUAGAAAUCCAAUAAGUGCCAGACUGUUGCGACAUUUCCAUUUCAUUGCGUUCCCGGAAAUGGAGGACGACGCCAAGAAACACAUUUUUGGAACGAUUCUGAAUGCGUGGCUCUCAAUGACACCGUUUAUUGGAAUGAUGGACACUUUCGUGGAUACAACGCUAAGCAUUUUCUCUACAAUUUGCAAGGAACUACUUCCGACGCCUCACAAGUCCCAUUACACUUUCAAUUUACGCGACCUCAGCAAAGUGUUUCAGGGUAUGCUUAUGAUGACUCCAGAAAAAGUAGAACUUCGAGACACAUUGUUACUGCUUUGGUACCACGAGAACGUGCGGGUAUUCAGUGAUCGUUUGAUAAACGACACGGACCGGAAGUGGUUCGAUCAUCUUUUGCGAAACACAAUGAGAGAGCAUUUCGAGUGCGAGCCCGAGCAUGUCAUCGGCGAGAAAAUGCUGUUCUACGGUGAUUUUUCUGGGCCCACAAGAGAAUACCUCCAAAUAACUGACUUGGAAAAAAUGGAACACGUAUUGGACGAAUUUCUAGAAGAUUACAAUAGCGCGUCGACAACCCCUAUGAAGCUGGUGCUGUUUCAAGAUGCCAUAGAUCAUAUCUGCAGGAUCAAUCGAAUUCUGCGACAACCUCGGGGAAACGCUUUGCUCCUGGGAAUGGGAGGAUCAGGCAGACAAAGUUUGACAAGGCUGGCUUCGCACAUACAAGAUUACGAUUGCUUUCAAAUCGAAUUGAGCAGCGCGUACACGUCCAACGACUGGCGCGACGACAUUAAAGGUAUCAUGAUGAAAGCUGGCGUCCAGGGUCAGUCGUUAGUCUUCAUCUUCUCUGAUACACAGGUACUAAUCAAAUUCCUCAUCAAACGACUUGACGAAAGGAUAAAGGACGAUUCCAUGUUAGAGGACCUAAACAGCAUCCUAAACAACGGCGACGUGCCGAACAUCUACAAGAUGGACGAGAUGGAACGGAUCUUCCACUCGAUGCGUGGACAUGUGCAGGAGGCCGGGUUACAAAUAAACAGAAGCAACCUGUUCUCUGCGUACGUGAAAAUGGUCCGCAACAAUUUGCACGUCGUAAUUACUAUGAGUCCCAUCGGUGAGACAUUCCGCGCUCGCAUCAGACAAUUCCCAGCAUUGGUGAACUGCUGUACUAUCGAUUGGUUCUGUCCAUGGCCGGAAGCUGCGCUUCAGAGCGUGGCGAUGCGAUUUCUCACCGACAUCACAGACGAAUCCAUUACGGACGACGUGUUAAAGUCGAUAGUCAGAAUGUGCCAAUAUAUGCACUCCAGCGUGAUCGAGGCGAGCGAUCUCUUCUUCGAGGAACUGACACGGCACAAUUAUGUUACACCCACCUCGUAUCUGGAAUUACUUUCCGGCUACGGUGAUCUCUUGAAUAAAAAAAAACACGAGCUACAAGCGGCAGCGAACCGCCUCUCCACAGGCUUAGAUAAACUCGCGAGCGCAGAGAUAGAAGUAAAGGAAAUGCAAAUACUGUUGGCGCUGAUGAAACCUAAGUUGGAAAAGGCAGCAGAGGACACGGCUAAAAUGAUUGAAAGGAUCGCCCUUGACACUGUCGAAGCAGAGAAAACGAGAGCACAGGCAAAGGAGCAGGAGGAGAUGGCGGAAAAGAUGAAAAUAGAGAAUCAAGCUAUCAAAGACGAGGCAGAAGCUGAUUUGAGUCUGGCGCGUCCCAUGCUAAUUGCUGCUGAGAAGAGCUUGAAGGCUUUGAACAGAAACGACAUUACCGAGGUGAAAGCGAUGAAAAGACCGCCCGUUGGCGUGCUACUUGUUAUCGAAACCAUUUGUAUUAUAAAUAACGUGAAACCUGUAAAGAUCGAAUACGUGUCAAAGGCGUGUCAUUCGUUGUGUCUGUGGGUACACGCGAUGUACAAUUAUUACUUCGUGAAUCUGAAAGUGAAACCGAAGAUGGAAGCGUUGGCGAAAGCCGAGGAGGCUUUAGUGGAAACAGAGAGAACUUUAACUGCAGCCAUAGAAAGGCUCAGAGAGGUGGAAGAGGGUAUUGAGAAGCUGCGAAAGCUUCUGCAGGAGGAGGAGGAUAAAAAAGCGGCCCUCGAGAAGGAGAAGCAGCUUUGCGAAGACAGAAUGGGCAGAGCUGUCAGGCUGAUCGACGGUCUCGCCGGCGAGCAAAUACGUUGGACCUCCACCGUUGCCGAGCUAAACAUCUCUGUAAAAAACGCCAUUGGCGAUAUCCUUCUCGCUUCAGGUGCGAUAGCCUAUUUGACACCGUUCACCGACGCGUAUCGGGAGAGGCUUUUGACAGCUUGGAUGAAACUACUCGGCGAGGGCAUGCCCCACACUGCAGGUAGCGACCCGGUGUCCACUCUGGGUGACCAAGUGGAAAUAAGAAGAUGGCAGAUCGAGGGUCUGCCGAGGGAUAUGCUGUCCGUCGAGAACGCGGUGCUCGCGAUGCAUUCGAAACGGUGGCCGCUUUUUAUAGAUCCCCAGGCACAGGCAAACAAGUGGAUCCGUAAUCUGUACAAGGAGAGCGGCAUAUCCGUGGCAAAAAUGACAGAUAAGGAAUUGCUACGGGUACUCGAGUCUUGCGUGCGAUUCGGAAGAGUUUGCCUGAUAGAAAAUAUCGGUCUGGAGCUGGAAGCAGGCUUGGAUCCGAUCCUGUUACGGUCGUUGUUCGAGCACGGUGGCCAAUGGUGUGUGAAAGUCGGCGAGAACAUCGUCCCGUAUCAUUCGGACUUCCGCCUCUUUCUCACCACGAGACUAUCCAAUCCUCAUUACACGCCGGAAGUAUGCGUCAAGAUACUGCUGGUUAACUUUGCCCUCACCAAAACCGGCCUCGAGGAUCAAAUGCUGUCGCUGGUCGUGAUUCAAGAACGACCCGACCUCGAACAAACGAGAAACGCUUUAAUCGUGUUAAAUUCGGAAUUGAGAAGGGAAUUACUGGAAAUAGAAGAUAGGAUUUUAUAUCGAUUGUCAGUAUCCGAGGGCUCCGCCGUCGAUGACAUGGAUCUUAUUCUCACCUUAGAGGCAUCUAAAGUCAAGAGCGAAGAGAUCAAGGUGAAAAUGAAAGAGUCAGAGAUCACUCAAGCAGAUAUCGAUACAACCAGGUCGCUAUAUAUCCCGGUCGCGAUUCGCGGUCGAAUCCUCUACUUCUGUUUAUCCGAUCUACAAUUCGUUGACACGAUGUACCAGUACUCCCUCGAGUGGUUCGUUGAGAUCUUCAACAACAGCAUCGUCGCCACCGAAAAGAGCCCUGACAUUCAAAUGCGCGUGGCGAACAUAAACCACAAAUUCAUGUUCUCGCUGUUCUCGAACGUGUGCCGCAGUCUAUUCGAGAGACACAAGCUUCACUUCGCAUUUCUGGUCUGCGCCCGAAUACGCAUGAACGACAAAUUAAUCGAUGCUACUGAGUGGAGGCACCUUUUGGCGGGACCCGAGCCAAUGGAAGAGGGUCCGAAUCCAGCUCCGGAAUGGAUUACUCCCCGUUGCUGGAAAGAGAUUCAGGCACUUGAGAACUUGCCAAACUUUGCAGGUUUCGUCGAGAGCUUUAAACAGUCGAUGGCUCAAUUUAAAGUCGUGUUCGACGCUCAAGAGGCGCAUCUAGUCCUGUACCCCGAUCCGUGGCAAACGAAGUUAGACGAUUUUCAGAAAAUGUUAGUGCUGAAGUGUCUGCGUCCCGACAAGGUGACGAACGCUAUGCAAUUGUAUUUGGCAAAGUACCUAGGCCAAGAGUUCGUCGAGCCUCAGACGGCCGAGUUGUCCGCGAUUUACAACGAAUCCUCACCAACCACUCCCAUUGUAUUCAUUCUGUCCACCGGCACUGACCCCGCCGCGGAAUUGUACAAGUUCGCGGACAAAUUAAAAAUGAUCACGAAGCUGCACGCCAUCUCCCUCGGCCAGGGACAGGGACCAAGAGCAGAGGCAAUGAUGAAGUUAUCUGCGGAACAGGGCUCUUGGUGUUUCUUUCAAAAUUGCCAUUUGGCACCGAGUUGGAUGCCGGAGAUGGAAACCUUGGUCGAGACUCUAUCGCGGGGAAAGAACCAUCGCGACUUCCGUUUAUGGCUCACCUCUUCACCCUCGCCAGCCUUUCCUGUCAGCAUUCUCCAAAACAGUAGCAAGAUGACGGUCGAACCACCCAGAGGCAUAAAGGCAAACAUGUUUCGAGCCUACCUGACUCAGGUAACGGAAAUGCAAAGCUUUUUACAAUCCGACCAUCCGAAGGUGUGCAAUUUCAAAUGGCUGGUCUUCUCGUUGUGCCUUUUCCACUCGGCAUUGCUGGAACGUAGGAAAUUCGGCUCUCUCGGAUUCAAUAUCCCCUACGAAUUUACCGACGGUGAUUUGAGAAUAUGCAUAUCGCAGCUGCAUAUGUUCCUUUUAGAAUAUGACGUUGUGCCAUUCAAAGUGUUGAUAUACACAGCUGGUCAUAUUAACUAUGGAGGUCGAAUAACAGAUGAUUGGGAUCGACGAUGCGUUUUAACUAUUUUGCAAGAUUACUACAAACCCGAAAUUUUAUCUUCAACUUAUCAAUUUGACGAAACCGGACGUUACGUUCAAUUAGAAGAGACGGCUAAGUUCGAGGAUUACAUCGAGUACAUAAAAACGUUCCCUCUGAACGAUGAACCGUCAAUGUUCGGCAUGCACCCGAACGCGGACAUCAGCUUCGCUCAGGCGGAGACGUACUCGUGUCUGAAUACGUUACUCGCCCUACAACCGCGAGAAGUCGGAAUCGCUGCGGCGAGCACCGAAGAAGUAACCACACAAUUAGCCACGGAAAUGCUCACCGGAAUACCGCCGAUCUUCGACUUAACGAUCAUCCAGCAAAGAUAUCCGGUAUUAUAUGAGGAGUCAUUUAAUACUGUACUACUUCAAGAAGCUAUACGAUAUAAUGGUCUGCUGCGAGUGGUGAAACAAACUUUAAUAGAUUUGUUAAAAGCUUUGAAGGGAUUGGUCGUUAUGUCCGAACAGUUAGAAACUGUAGCGAAUAGCCUCUAUAACAACAGAAUUCCACAAAUUUGGCAAGAUAAGGGAUACCCGUCGUUGAAACCUCUCGGUGCGUGGUUUUUGGAUUUGAAAGAGAGAAUUGCCUUUUUGAAAACUUGGGAGAAUCAAGGUAUACCGGCAGCAUUCUGGAUUUCCGGUUUCUACUUUCCGCAAGCGUUUCUGACUGGCACGUUGCAGAAUUUUGCUAGAAAAUAUGUCGUCUCCAUCGAUACGAUUGAUUUCAGUUUCAAAGUAUUGAGUGCAAGGCCACACCAGAGACCAUCGGACGGUUGUGUCAUUUAUGGUCUGUUCCUUGAGGGUUGCCGAUGGGAUGGAGAAUAUUUGAAUGAAUCUUUUCCCAAGGAGCUAUACACUGACAUGCCUCCGAUUCUACUGUUACCGGAAGUACAUCACAAACAUCCGGAUGGAACGUACAUAUGUCCUGUGUACAAAACUAUCAACCGAGCGGGAGUACUAAGCACGACUGGGCACUCGACGAACUUCGUGUUACCAAUGGAGAUACCCAGCCGGAAACCACAAGCUCACUGGAUCAAACAGGGCGUAGCUCUAAUUUGCGCUUUAGAUUACUAAUGAUAAAGUCCAUUUCGUUUUUAAGCAUUGUUUGUCUAAUUUGAAAUAAAAGUUCAUAAUGUGAAAUAAAAAGGCAUUGUUAUUACAAAAUUUAGUUUCUUUUUAUUAUAUUUGAUCGCAUAUUUGAUCAUCAUUGAAGAGAGAAAUGAAAUCUUAAAUAAUCCAGGUAGAUUUCCAUUACAGUCCUCUUUACUUGUCUAAUUUUGAUUCAUAGAGGAUAAGCGCGCUAGGUAUCGUUUUCAUAUAAACUGGCGUCCUUCCGUUUUAAUCUUCUAUGCUCUUUAGGAGACCAUACAACGCAAAAAGUACUAAGGAGCACAGCUAUAAAAAAUUAUUGUAAUUUUUUUACUUCUGUAAAUGUUUAUGUGACUUAUGCAUUGUACAUUGCAGUCCUUUGUAUAAAUCUUAAGAACUUGAUUGAAAUCAUACAGUAAAUAUCUUAUCGUCUAUAAUUAGUAUUAUUAUACUGCAUUCUUUUACGGAAUUUAAUCAAC